AUGGUGCAACAGAGGGUUCCUGCAAUAACCUUAAUCUUCACGAUGGCGGUGCUACUAUCUUGUGCCGCUGGCACCCCACGGCGUUGCCGCAACUGCGGGUCAAAUCCGGUUCCAUACCCAUUAAGCACGGGACCCGACUGUGGCCAUCCGAUGUACAGUAUGAAGUGCACAAAAGGCAAGUUGUGGUUUGACGAUCUCAGUGGAUCAUCUUACAUGAUAAAGUCCAUCAAUCCGGUGACUCGCCGGAUCAUUAUACGACCCGCAAGCAUCUCCCCGUGGACGUGUGUGUCCGGCGACUUCCGCAACGAAGGCAUACAACUGAACAAAGCCCUUCCUUUUAAAAUGACCGGCAAUAAUACCGUCUUUCUGUACAACUGUACGAACGCGAUGCCGAGAUCAAAACCACCGUUGGACUGUUCACCGAAUGAUCUGUGUCAUAGCUACAUUAAGGAUCAUGCAGACGGCGGCGGCGCGUGCAAAAACGCAGGGUUAUGUUGCAGCUUCAGGACCGUUAAACCCUUCUCGGAGUACAUGAUAAGGGUGCAUGAAGGAGACUGUGCUGCAUAUCAGAGUUUUGUAAAUCUCAAUGUGGCGGUGGCUCCGCCGCCGAAUAGGUGGCCGGAGCUGGGAAUAGAGUUGGAGUGGGAAAUACCGGUGGAGCCCGUUUGCAAGGGCCCGAAGGAUUGCAAGGAGCUGUUGAACUCCAAAUGCUUGAAGGAUCCGACCAAUGCUCGGCGAAUGAAGUGCCUUUGCAAUGCUGGCUUCAAGUGGGACCCUAGCAAUGGACUGUGUCAACUUGGUCAUGAUCAACCAAAAGAUGUAAGCUGCCCAACGCAUGGUAGAAAAGGUAGUGAACCAUGCAAACCCGUAGAAGCAGCCUGCCCAAGACAAGGUAGGAAAGGUGAUCCACCAUGCAAACCUAUAGAAGUAGCCUGCCCAAGACACGGUAGGAAAGGUGAUCCACCAUGCAAACCUGUAGAAGUAACGUGCCCAAGUCGUGAUGGUAGAAAAGGCAAACCAUGCAAACCUGGUCAUCGUGAGAAGAAGAAGGCCACGCCCCUCGCUGCUGUCGGAGGUUCUUUGGGGGCAAUAGUAUUCAUUGCACUGGUAGUGAGCAUUUUUCUAUACAAGAAGCAUGACAAGUCAAAGAAACAAGCCGAAAGGAAGUUAACGAAGCAAAAGGAACGAAUCUUAAACGCAAAAGCCAACUGUGGAUUAUCGGCCAGGAUCUUCACAAUGAGAGAGAUCAAGAAGGCAACCAACAAUUUCUCCAAAGACAACCUCAUCAGCACCGGCGGCUUCGGCGAGGUCUUCAAAGGGACCUUCGAUGACGGAACCGUCGUAGCCAUUAAACGAGCCAAGCUCGGCAACACCAAAGCCCUCGACCAAAUCCUCAACGAGGUUCGAAUCCUCUGCCAAGUCAACCACCGUAAUCUCGUCCGCCUCCUCGGUUGUUGCGUCGAACUAGACUACCAACCCCUCCUCAUCUACGAAUAUGUCCCCAAUGGGACCCUCUUCGACCACCUCCACACGCACCGUUUUGAUCGUCCUCUCCAGUGGCUUCACAGGCUUAAAAUCGCUCACCAAACAGCUCAAGCUCUUAACUAUCUUCACUCCUCUGCAUUGCCUCCUAUAUACCACAGGGACGUAAAAUCAAGCAAUAUACUGUUAGAUGAUAAGCUUGAUGCUAAAGUUUCAGACUUUGGGCUGUCUAGGCUUGUUGAGAUAGCUGAGGCGGAUAAGAGCCAUAUCUUCACCAGUGCACAGGGGACCUUAGGGUAUCUUGACCCUGAGUAUUAUCGGAACUUUCAGCUUACUGAUAAGAGUGAUGUGUAUAGUUUUGGGGUGGUUUUGCUGGAGAUUCUGACUCGUGAGAAGGCGAUUGAUUUUACCAGGGAAGAGGAGAAUGUGAACUUGGUGGUUUAUGGGAAGAAGAUGGUAAAGGAAGAGAGGUUUCUGGACAUGGUGGAUCCGGUGUUGAUGGACGGAGCGAGCAACUUGGAGUUGGAGACGAUGAAGUCCCUGGGGUUUCUGGCAGUGGCUUGCUUGGAUGAGCAGAGGCAUAAUCGGCCUCCCAUGAAGGAAGUUUCCGACGAGAUUGAGUACCUUAUUAGUAUUCUUACCAGUGAUGUCCCCAAAACGUAG